AUGGACUCGGAGGAGUCGGACUUCUACGGAGACGAGGAUAUUAUUGAAGGGCUGGAGGCCCGCGUCAAUUCUUUCAACGUCGCCCAAUGGUGGGAGGAGACAAGGGCGGUCCAACUCAACCGGAAAGCCAAGGCGGAGCCGGCGGACAGCACCAAGCUACAUAACCCAUACGCAGGUGUACCUUAUGCGUGGCAACUAACCGAGACCCUCAGUGAUUUCCUCAAUCGCCUUCCUCCCGAGACAACUGAGGGGACUGCCGACGUUCCCUGGAUUUUCAUCUGUAACCCGUUCAUUGCUCGGAAGAGCAGGUUUCUCGCACAAAACCAGUUCAGCAGAGGCAAUGAGGAUGAAGCUCCAGAAGAGGAUGGAUCACAGCUCAACACCCUAGUUGAAGGAGGCACCGAGAGGUUGCGCAUUCUGGGCAACUUUGUGGACGGCAUCCACAGGACGAAAAAGUCUGCGACAGCAAAGCUGUCAGAGAUCAACCACGAGAAGAAGCAGGCAGUCAAGGACGUCCUGUCUCUCGCGCACGCGUGCAAAUGGCACCGCGGCAAGACGCAACCGGCCGCAAAGAUCGAAUGA